AUGUUGAGGAGGAAGGGCGAGGAGCUUAUUAACGACAUUGCCUAUAGCUUUGAGAAUGGAGCGACUUGCACGGCUUGCGAGGCAAUCCAGGCAGUUCUCAAGCGCCUUGUGAAAGCCAACGAAUCUCUUUUCCUUUCCACCAUGACCGAACUAUGCAAACUUGCAGGGGAAGAUCCCGAAGUAUGUGAAGGUGCAGUUGCCCGGGAAGGUCCAAUCAUUGCGUAUGCCCUUCGACAAAUUGAAAUCGGGUCGAAAACAUCGAAGCUCUUCUGCAUCACUUUCAUGGGCGUUUGUGACUAUCCAGAGGUUACACCUUAUAAAGUUUCUUUCCCUAAGAAGGAAUCGCCGAGACUGAGACCGGCCCCCAGCGGGGAGACACCAAUACGUAUCGUGCAAUUCAGCGAUAUACACGUGGAUCGACUCUAUGUUCCUGGGACCAGUACUAACUGCACAACGUACAUUUGCUGCAGAGCUGAAAGUAUCCCGAAAUCCCUUGAAGGUGCCGAUAGUCUAGCCGGGCCGAAUGGAAAUCAUCACUGCGAUGUCCCACUGAGCCUCGAGACGAGCAUGUAUCGCGCUAUCGAGGACAUCGGUCCUUCCUUCAGCAUUUUCACUGGCGAUAUAAUCGACCAUGCAAUAUGGAAUACCACCCAAGCUCAAAACACCAUCAACAUUGAUCUCGCUUAUGCUGAAAUGAGUUCACUUGGACACAUAUAUGGCACCAUCGGCAACCACGAAGCCGACCCUGUGAACUCUUUCCCUUCUACUGCUGUCGAGUCUGCUCCCCAACCCCAAUGGAUCUACGACACCCUCUCUUACAUCUGGUCUCGAUGGAUUGGAGACGAAGCCGCAACCGCAGAGAAGAAUUUCGGCGCAUACUCCACAAAACAUCCCGGCACGAACCUCCGCAUCAUCUCUCUCAACACAAAUCUCUACUACAUCCAAAACUACUGGCUCUAUCAAGACCCCAUGGAACCAGACCCCAGCGACCAACUCUCUUGGCUCGUCCGCGAACUCCAAGCCGCCGAGGACGCAGGCGACCGCGUCUACAUCAUUGGCCACAUGCCCAUGGGCCUGCGCGACACAUUCCACGACUACUCGAAUUACUUCGACCAGAUCGUGAAUCGGUACGAGGCCACGGUCGCUGCAAUGUUCUUUGGCCACACCCACUCCGACGAAUUCGAACUCUCCUACUCCUCCCCCCAUCGCCACUUCUCCACCGCCGCCGCAAUGUCCUACAUCGCCCCCGCCCUAACCCCCAACACCGGCCAUCCCUCCUUCCGCCUCUACACCAUCGACCCGGCCACCUUCGCCGUGCUAGACAGCGUCACCUACAUCGCCAACAUGUCCGCCCCUGAUUUCCAAACCACUGGCCCGGUAUGGGAAAAGUACUACUCUGCAGCCGAAGUCUACGGGCCUCUGGUCACGCCGCCGCUGGAGGAGGGCGAUGAGCUGAGUCCCGCAUUUUGGCAUAACGUGACGGAGGCGUUUGAGAGGGAUCAGGGGGCAUUUUGGGGGUAUUGGGAGAGGAAGAAGAGGGGGUGGGAGGUGGGAGAUUGUGCAGGUGGGGAGGGAGCGUGUAGAGAGAGGGAGGUGUGUCAGGUGAGGGCGGCGCGGGCGGAGGAUAAUUGCGUCGUGCCGAAGUUGGGGUUUCAUUACGAACAGAUGAGUGAGGGCAAUGAGAAGGAAGGGAAGGUGGAAGAAGACGUGUGUGGGGGGAGUAUGGGAAAGAAAGUGUUCGGAGCGUUGAUGGGGAGGAAGAAUUUGGUGGAAGUUUUAGUUGGGAGGGUCAUUGAGAUGGAGAGCCGAGUAUGA